CUCGGCUUCGAAAAGAUUUUCUGAAAAUCAUUUUCAGUUUUUUUUAAGUGAAAAUCUGGUUCGAAAGUUUAUCAUUUGGUCUCACGUAGCAGUUCCUAGAAUUUUUGUGAUUGCGUGUGAAAAUAUUCUAGACGAUCCCUUGAUAAAACCUUAUAGGGGUACGAGAAUGCCUGAUACAAGUGGAAGUGAUGUUUCGGUUGUCGAAAAGCCCGUGAAAAUCGACAAAUGGGACGGAAACGCGGUGAAAAACGCUUUAGAUGAUGCUGUGCGAAAGAUUUUCACCGAUGAAAAUAAGCAGCACUUUGCGGAGGAUUAUGCCAUUAUGGAUGGACGGCUGGUUAUUAGCACGAUCUCCGUGGCUUUCUCGCUGAUUGCUCUGGGUUAUGAUUAUCUCUUCCCUUUCCCAGCAUCCAAAUGGGUCUUGGCGUUCUGUUCCAUCUCGUAUUUUAUCACCGUUGGCUGUCUGACACUGUAUUUGUGGUGCGUCGAAAAGGGAGUGUUUUUGGUGUUCAAGGAGGGCAAGAACAUCUGGAAGGCCACGUCCAACUUGAAAAAGUAUGCAUACGACCAUAUGUAUACCUUGAAGUUGAUGCGCCAGACAGAAGGAGCAAAACAACCCGACAAGGAACAGGAACUGAAGAAAUCCGUUGCUGAAUUUUUCGAUGAAAAGGGAAAUCUGGUCUUUAGUCGCUUUGAGAAUGAAGUGAUGAAUCUCUUUCGCAGUAUUUCUGACAAGAAAACGAAAUAAUUUCCCUAGCUUUAAUUUUUAUGCCAAGUCUUGAUGCUGUUUUUUAUUGUCUUCAAUUUCGGGGCCGGCAUGCUCUUUUCUAUAGCAUGCAAGCAUUUGCCGUUCCCUGCUUUGUAUUUGGUCUACAAUUAGCAGCAUUCCCAUGAAAUCUUUAUGAUUGUGAUUUUAAUUGACAAGUAAGAACAACAACAUGUCAUAUCCCAUU